ACAGUUCCUGAGGUCUGAGACUCAUCCAGUCUUCUUUGUACAACCAUGACCCAGCAGUUCUGGGGUCCCUGUCUUUUCUCAUUGUUUAUGGCUGUAUUGGCUCAGGAGACACUGGAUCCUCAAAAAUCAAAGGUGGAUUGCAACAAAGGGGUGGCUGGCACCGUCUAUGAGUACGGAGCCAACACCUUAGAUGGUGGGGAGUAUGUCCAGUUCCAGCAGUAUGCAGGAAAGCACAUCCUCUUUGUCAACGUGGCGUCCUUCUGUGGCCUGACAGCUACGUACCCUGAACUGAACACAUUGCAGGAGGAGCUGAGACCAUUCAAUGUCAGUGUUUUGGGCUUUCCAUGCAACCAGUUUGGAAAACAAGAACCUGGAAAGAACUCAGAGAUCCUCCUUGGACUCAAAUAUGUUCGCCCAGGCGGUGGCUUUGUUCCCAAUUUCCAGCUCUUUGAGAAGGGGGAUGUGAACGGAGACAAUGAACAAAAGGUUUUUUCUUUCCUAAAGAGCUCCUGCCCUCCCACCUCUGAACUUCUUGGCUCUCCAGAACAUCUCUUCUGGGAUCCCAUGAAGGUCCAUGACAUUCGCUGGAACUUUGAGAAGUUCCUGGUGGGACCGGAUGGAGCCCCUGUCAUGCGCUGGUUCCACCAGACUCCUGUCAGAGUUGUCCAGUCAGACAUCAUGGAGUACCUAAACCAAACCCGUACCCAGUAGGAUGUUUUACAAAUAGUGCCUUUGCUCCACCCCUUCACCAGCCUCCAUAUGAUCAAAGCCUGCAACACUACUUGUGUCCUUACUAAUGUGUGUACAAACAGAAGUUUAUUUGUGGUAGGCAUAUGCAUGCAUUGGAAAUUAAGUUAAAAAAAAACAAUUAUCCACCCAGAUAUCUGACUCUCAUAUAUCUAGUUUCCCUAAUCUAGUCCAAAAGAAAGUCAUAUUUUGGCAAUGAUGAUCCAGACAAUUCCAUAUAUCUAAAAAGUGAUCUACCAAGACCCUAAUCUAUCAUUCACAGCACUGGUGGGUUAAAAGAAGUGGGAACGGGUGGCCAGAUCCUCUGGGUCCCAGUAUCUUCUCCUCCCAAGCUGGGCAUGCUUUGUCAAGCUCUCCUUCUGUUUAGCUCCUUAGUACAACACUGACCCAUAGUUAUCUUAGG